CAGCCCUUUCCCGGUUGCGAUGCUCCUACUUCUCGGUACAGUCCUCUCCGCCGCCCCGCCGAUUGGCAGUUGCCUGAGCCAAUCAGAAGGUCUCCCGGGUCGGGGGCGGGGCCUCACUCCAGAGUUGCCCUGUCAGUGCAGGUGGAGGCCCCCGGCGGGGCAAAGUGGCAGGAACCUCUUAAAGGGCGAGAGCGGCGGAGAGCGAGAACGCGGCCCGGCCCGGCCCGGCCAGGUCCCCGCCCUGUCCGGCCCAGAGAAGAGUUUAGUGGCUGAGGCUGAAAAUUCACAGCACCAACAACAGAAGGAAGAAGGUGAGGGAGCCACAAAUUCAGGCCAACAAGAAACUCAGCUGGAAGAGCCUUCUCAAGAGGCAGCUGAAGGAGAUACUCAGUGUGAGCAGAAGCUGAAAACAUCUAAUGGAGAUACUCCUACACAUGAAGACUUAACCAAGAACAAGGAACGGACAUCAGAAAACAGGGGCCUGUCACGGCUCUUCUCCUCAUUUCUCAAAAGGCCUAAGUCUCAGGUCUCUGAGGAAGAAGGCAAAGAAGUAGAGUCAGCUAACGAGAAAUGUGAAGGAGGUCAGAAAGAGAUAGAAUUUGGAACCAGUUUUGAUGAAGAGAUCAUUUUAAAGGCCCCAAUUGCAGCUCCUGAACCUGAACUCAAAACAGACCCGUCCUUGGAUCUUCAUUCAUUAAGCAGUGCAGAAACACAGCCUGCUCAGGAAGAACAGAGAGAAGACCCAGAUUUUGAAACUAAGGAAGGAGGAGGACUUGAAGAGUGCUCUAAAAUAGAAGUGAAAGAAGACAGUCCUGAAUCGAAAGCAGAAAGAGAAUUGAAAGGUUCCCAGAAAUCAAUCAGAAGACACAGAAACAUGCAUUGCAAGGUUUCUUUGUUGGAUGACACUGUUUAUGAAUGUGUGGUGGAGAAACAUGCUAAGGGACAAGAUUUGCUUAAACGAGUGUGUGAGCACCUCAAUCUUUUGGAAGAGGACUACUUCGGUCUAGCCAUUUGGGAUAAUGCAACCUCUAAGACAUGGCUGGAUUCUGCCAAAGAAAUAAAAAAGCAGGUUCGUGGUGUCCCCUGGAAUUUUACAUUUAAUGUCAAGUUUUAUCCGCCUGACCCAGCACAGUUAACAGAAGAUAUAACAAGAUAUUAUCUAUGCCUCCAACUUCGAAAGGACAUAGUUACGGGACGUCUGCCCUGUUCCUUUGCAACCUUAGCAUUAUUAGGUUCUUACACCAUCCAGUCUGAGCUGGGGGACUAUGACCCGGAACUUCAUGGUGCAGAUUAUGUUAGUGAUUUUAAACUGGCCCCAAAUCAGACCAAGGAACUUGAAGAGAAGGUCAUAGAACUGCAUAAGUCAUACAGGUCCAUGACUCCAGCUCAGGCUGACCUGGAAUUUCUUGAGAAUGCCAAAAAGUUGUCUAUGUAUGGUGUUGACCUUCAUAAAGCAAAGGACUUGGAGGGAGUGGAUAUCAUCUUAGGUGUCUGCUCUAGUGGCCUUCUGGUUUAUAAAGAUAAGCUGAGAAUUAACCGCUUUCCUUGGCCCAAAGUGCUGAAGAUUUCUUACAAACGUAGCAGCUUUUUCAUCAAGAUUCGGCCCGGAGAGCAAGAGCAAUAUGAAAGUACCAUUGGAUUCAAACUUCCCAGUUACCGAGCAGCUAAGAAAUUAUGGAAAGUCUGUGUAGAGCAUCACACGUUUUUCAGACUGACAUCUACAGACACCAUUCCUAAAAGCAAAUUUCUUGCACUGGGAUCCAAAUUUCGAUACAGUGGCCGGACUCAGGCUCAGACCAGGCAAGCUAGUGCUCUGAUUGACAGGCCUGCCCCACACUUCGAGCGAACAGCAAGCAAACGGGCAUCCCGGAGCCUUGAUGGAGCGGCUGUUGACUCCGACCGAAGUCCUCGGCCCACCUCUGCACCAGCCAUUGCUCAGAGUCAGGGCACAGAAGGCAGUGUUCCAGAUGCAUCUGUCAAGAAAACCACGGUCUCUAAAGCACAGAAGGAAACAGUGAAGUUUGAAGUGCAAAAAGAAGAAGUGCCACCAGAGCAAGCAGACCCAGAGCCCACAGAAGUGUGGAAGGUGGAAAAAACCCACAUCGAGGUCACAGUACCUACCUCAAAUGGUGACCAAACACAGAAAAAGAGAGAGAGACUAGAUGGUGAAAACAUUUAUAUCAGACAUAGCAAUUUAAUGUUGGAGGAUUUAGACAAAAGUCAAGAAGAGAUAAAAAAACAUCAUGCCAGCAUCAGUGAGCUGAAAAAGAACUUUAUGGAAUCUGUACCAGAACCACGGCCUAGUGAAUGGGAUAAACGCUUAUCCACUCACUCCCCGUUCCGAACACUUAACAUCAAUGGGCAGCUUCCCACAGGAGAAGGAGUGAAGAAAAUCUCUGUCCUUCCCUCGGAAAGAAAGGUUGGUGGGCCAGAGAAUAUAAAUGGCAUUCGCACAGAGGAGGUGGCUGCCGUGACAAAGGGGCCAUCUACCAGCCCUGACUCUGAAUGGGAUGGUCCCAAGCAUUCACUAAUUCCUAGUAAGAGCCAAGUGACCACCCCGUCGGAGUCUCCACAAAGCUUUGAGUUUGGCUCCCUCUCCAUAAGCAGCAAGGAGACAGAAGAGAAGGAGCAGGGGGCAGCUGGCUAUCCUGAUAUUAAGGAAAUGCCGGGAGGCUCAAGUGGGGAAUGUGUAGGAGCGGAGGGACAGGCCGAUGCCUUCCAGUUCUCAGUAUCACCAGCUUCCUCUCAGCUGCAACUUGGUGAAAAACAGGCAGAGAGUAGUGAAGAACAUGUUACAGCAGGAGAGCCGCUUGGAAAACAAAACGGAUCAUUUCUUGACUCUCGUGUGGGUAACCAGUUCCCCACCCUCAUUCGAAGUUUCCAGCCACCCCUGGUGAAGACUCAGACUGUCACCAUCUCAGAUACUGCCAAUGCUGGGAAAAGCGAAAUCCCAACCAAAGAUGUCCCCAUUGUUCACACUGAGACCAAGACCAUCACGUACGAGGCUGCCCAGACCGAGGAUAGCAACGGAGACUUGGACCCGGGAGUCUUGCUGACAGCUCAGACCAUCACAUCUGAGACCACAAGUAGUACAACCACAACUCAGAUUACCAAGACUGUAAAAGGUGGGAUUUCAGAGACCCGGAUUGAGAAGAGAAUUGUGAUCACAGGAGAUGCCGAUAUCGACCAUGAUCAGGUCCUCGUCCAGGCCAUCAAGGAGGCAAAGGAGCAGCACCCAGACAUGUCAGUGACCAAGGUGGUCGUCCAUCAGGAAACCGAAAUCUCUGAGGAAUGAGCUCAGGAACUCUCCUUCCCCAGCUCCCUGCCUAUCUCCCCUCCAAGAAAAAACCAGCAAAAUGAUGAAGAAGCUUACCUGCAGUAGUCAGACACCAGGCUUUCAACAUUACCCAAAACCACCAGAAAAUUUCAUUUUCUAUUUGGAGUUUGUACCCAGAGAGUCUUCUAGACAUCACUGGUUCUUUUAAUACCUUUUUCUAUAUUGUGAUACCAGAAAUUGUUCGACUUUUCACUCUAUGGACUGUUUUUAAAGAGCUUUUUGGUUUUUUACGGGGUGGUUUGUAACCCCUUCAGCCCAGCCUCUCCCCAUGCAUUUCCUACCCAGGUACUGACCGGCCCGCAGAGUUCGUGGGGAAACCCUCCAAAGACUGUCAGCGGUGUUGGGGGCCAAAGCCGGCUUAACGGGGUUCCUUGCUCCUCCCCAGUCUUAUACCCUUUGGAUGUCGGCAGAAACGUCAUUCGCCAGCCCUUUCUCAGAGCCGGUGAUGUGACUGCCAUGUGAGGCGGGGCAGCUGUCCUGAUCCACGGGCCCCAGGAAGACAUCCCUGCCCCUCUGCUGAGGGUGGUUUUGGUGAGGCAGAGAUCUCUGCUAAGAAUGUAGUAUUGUGUUUGCUUCUUUCCUUCCCUUCUCUUCUCUCUGGAGCUUCUUUAGAUCAAGGACAUAAGAAGUUGUUUCAGAUCUCCCUGAUACUGUGAAUGUUUGAACAUAUCCGUGGCCUUCGCCUUCCUGCCCUCCCUCCCCUUUUACCUCAUCAGAAGCGGCGGCUCUGCUAAGUGCUCCCCCCACCUCCCAUCUCAGGAGACCAAAACUCACAGAAAAAUGGGCACUUUGGGCCAGAAGCUCCAAUGGCACAUUUUUAGUGGUGAUUUGGGCAAGGAGAAAGUUAAUGAGAUUUUUAAAAAAGCUUUUCUAGUCCUGGGAACGUGCACCUCACACAGGGGAAUGGUGGGGUUUACCUCAGUCAGAUCCUGCUCAGAAGUACUUCCAGGUGACCAACCCUGGGCCUUUUUCUUUAAUCCCUGGAUGACCGGAAAUGUGACUCAGAGAAGUCGUGUUCCUUGCCCUUUCUUCUGACUGGUACCUGCCUGCAGACGCCCUUCUGGAGCGAGGGAAUUGACUUUUAGGGGCCAUCCUUCCCACAAAACCCCGCACAACAAGGGGUACAAACACCAGCCCUGCUCAUUCCCACUCGCCAUCUGAGGCCUGUCAGGUUUUUAGGCUUGAUUUCUGUGGUGGGUUGUGGGUUUAUUUUACUUUUACUUUUGUUUGGUUGGUUGGUUGGUUUUGAAAAUGGGACUGACUGAUGUGCCCAGUUCCACCAUUCCUGGUAGGUCUGGGGGCAUUUUUAUUCAGUAGCGCUUCUCGAACCUUCCAGCGUGCUUCCCACAAACACAUCUGCCUGAAGUGCUUAGAGUCUUAUUCUGGGACAGAAGUGAACUUCAUGAGACAGCAGGUCACAGUCAGCAGUCUCGGGGGGCUCAAGAGCAGCGAGAGGUCAGAAACCCCUGCUGCCUACAGUGGGGGCCGGCCCUGUGUCCAGAGCCUCUGCCGGCUGGGUCUUGUGUUAGACAAACUCAGUUGGUUUGAACUGAUUGCAGAUGUGUGCUUUUUUGUUUAGUCCUUAUGUGAGACUGUUACCAGCCAAGAGGCAGCUCUCUCUGGAGAGGGACAGGAAGAGCUCAGGCAGGGUGUGUGACAGGCCUGGGCAAAGACGGCUGUCCUGUCUCCGGAGCAGACUUCCAGCCUGUGGGCACAGGGCUUUCUUCGUGGUGCCCGAGCCUGGGCUGUGUCGCCAGGAGUGGGGGUGAGGUUAGGAAUCGGCCCACACCAGGCAGCGUGUGACGUGAGCCCCCCCCCGGCCGGUGGCCAGCGGUCCUGGUGCAGGAGCCGCUUCCCAGGCCGCCAGCUGCGGGAUGAAGCGGGUCAGGGUAGGGAGAGGGCACAGUUUGAGCACCAGCAACCUGGCACGCAGGGUCCUCCGCCACCCACACCGGUGUGGCCGCUUUCACAGCUCAGGGCCGCUGACGGGGUGGCUCUGUCACCCGCUCACGGUGCUUCUCCUCUCCGCAUCCUUGACUGUAAAUUGGACCAGAAGAUCUCGAAUGCCCUUCCAGCGCUGGACACGAUCUGGACAAGCAAGGCAGAAGGUGUCCUUGCAAACCUCCCCCUCCCCCCAUCCUGCCUCUCUGGUAACAGAUCUGAGGGUUCGACAGUUGUUUGGAUUUUUUUUCUUCCUGCAGUUGUGUGCGUGUGUGUGUGUGUGUGUGUGUGUGUGUGAAGAAAAACAGAUUCUGUCCAGGUGGAAAUGGAGAAGAGGGAGGGGAGAGUUUCACUGCCAGGGUCAGAGACUUGGCAGCAGCUUCCCUGAAGUGACUCAGACACACACAGUAACAACUCUCGCUGCAGUUUUAUUUUUAUUUCGCUUGAGAAGUAAAGACUU